AUGAGUAUUCAAAAUAAAGUCCUGUCAGAGUAUACCUGCAUGAACAUGGUUCUAGUACAGAGCGAUGAAGGGAAGAAAGCACCUGAACAAUUUAUGUUACAAAAGGCCUACAACAAACUUAGCUUCCAGCGGUUGGAGCUCAACAAGCAGAAGUUAUUCCUUGGAGGACUGAGUCUUGGAUUUGGUGACUUGAAAGCAACAGCUGAGAACUUACCACCAGCUAUAAAAGAAGCAAAACCACCUGAAGGACUACUGGGGAAGGCUGCUUCCAACUUUUGUGGCCGAUUGGCUGAUACCUGUUGUGGCAUGUGUCUGCUGCAGACUUGCACUUUUUUGAAUGACCAGUGCACCAUUGUUUGCACUCAACUUUGUGCAGCCUUGGCCUGUUUUGAGUUAAUCAAGUGCUGCGUUGAGCUCUGCGAGUGUGAUUGUUUGUAG